AUGGCCUCGAUUCGCUACGAGCGCCUGCGGGCGACGGCCAAGCCCGAGCCCGAACCGGCCGACGACGACGAAGACAACUGCGGAAACAAGAUGAUGGCGAUGACCACGGCGACGACGGAACGCAAGCCCAUCUGGACGCGGAGACAGGCGACGCUGGCAUUUGUGGGCAAUGCCAUGCUGUUGAUAGCGUCGAUAUUCUUGUUAUCCGCGGCAGCUGGCAGGAAGCCGUCCCCUUCCCACCUGGAAUGCGCCCAAAUGGUCUCACCGUACUCGCCCAUGUGGGAAGCCGUGGAGUUUUGGGAGGGCAACUUUGCCAACGAAUUCAACUCGUCCACAAAGUACCGCGGACCGCCGACGCUGGAGCGGGAGCGCGCAUGGAACGACCUCUGGCGCUCGCCCAUGUGGGAAGCCGUGGAGUUUUGGGAGGGCAACUUUGCCAACGAAUUCAACUCGUCCACAAAGUACCGCGGACCGCCGACGCUGGAGCGGGAGCGCGCAUGGAACGACCUCUGGCGCUAUCACCUCAUCCCCGUCGACGCCGCGGGCGUGGCGGCCCUGAACCAGACUCGAGCCGGCACGCACCCCCAGGUCAAGGGCAGCGACCCGGCCAAACCGCAGUACGGUGCCACCAUCGAGGUCUUUCACCAACUGCACUGCCUGGUAAGCCUGCACCUGCACCUGCACCUGCCCCUGCCCCUGCACCCGCCCCUGCACUGCACCUGCACCUGCACCUGCCACGCCGCACUGCCGCCGCUGGUAGUAUACCACCACAGCCACCAGCUUACACCCCCCACCACCCUCCAGAACGUCCUGCGCCAGUACUCGUGGCCGCUCGACAUGUUCGACCCGUCCUGGGGCGCCGACCUCUACCCUUCCAUGCUGCGGGACGCCGCCACGGGGCGCACCCACGUCGAUCACUGCAUCGAAGCCCUCCGACUGUCGCUCAUGUGCGCCGGUGACAUCACCCCCGUGCUCUUCCUGCGCGACGCCGCGAGCCCCCUCGGCGUGAGGGCCGACUUCAACGUCCAUCACAAGUGUCGCGCCUUUGACAAGAUUGUCGCCCACGUCAAGGCGAACGGCGUCGAGCUGGACGUCUAG